AUGGCGAGCGGCGACGCUACUCUCUUUGAAGAAUCAUUCACCGUGACUGAGUAUGAUCAGUCCAAGUAUGACCGUGUCGCCCGCAUUUCAUGCACUUCAAGCGACUCUCAGACUGUUAUGACUCUGGAUAUCAACAUCGAGCUCUUCCCCUGUGCUGUUUCCGACACUCUGCACGUAGUUUUGUCUACUACUCUCUCUCUGGACGGAAGCAAGGAGGACGAGAAGGGCUGGCGAGACGUUGGCAAGGGUGGUGAUGCGCCAGCGACGGUUGCCGACCUUUACGACUACGUGUGUCAUGGAAAGAUCUACAAGUUCGAAGAGACAUUCGACGGAAACACCAUCAAUGCCUACUGCUCCUUCGGCGGUCUUUUGAUGUCGCUUCAAGGCCCUAUCAAGAAGCUGACUCCCCUCCGUGUCGAUAACGUCUAUCUGCUUGUCAAGAAAUAA